AUGUCUCACCCGCUACUCGCUCGCCCUCAUUUGAGCCUGCAUUCGAGCGCGAUCUCGCCGGGUCGUCGCUGCCAAUCGCCGCAUUUCGCCGCCCUCCAAUGCCGCCAAGAUACUGCGCAAGCUUGCGUUCGACUGUUGUCGACGUCUGUGCCGACAAGCAAGACCCACCAACAGUCCAACCAGAACCAGAACCAGGACCAUAAUCAAAACCAGAACCAGAACCAGAACCAGAACCAGAAUGACCGAGGACAAGAUGGCACCGACAAUCUCACUCAGCAAUUGCUGGCGUUCAGGACGGUCGUGCUCAAGUGGUCGAAAAUUGGCACGUUGGUGCUCCUGGCAAUCAUCACUCCGAUCAUUGGAGUGAAAGAAUGGCGAGAUCGGGCGCGUGCAAGCAUCCGAGGCCUAUGCCGAUUUGCUCGAGCCUGUUGGGCAGUCCUGGCCAUUUCGGCAGAUUACAAAUUUCACUACUGGAAGCUUGGCGAGAUGGACGAAGACGACCCCGUCCGCUGUGCUGCAUGGUCGAAGGUUCAUUUUCGGGCUGCACGACAACUCUUGUCCCUCGCACAAGUGAACGGCGGAGUGUACAUUAAGGCAGGUCAGCAUAUCGGGGCUCUGGACUACCUCGUUCCGAUAGAGUACGUCAAGACGUUGCGAAUCCUUCACGACGCCGCUCCUUUCAGCUCCUUGGACGCGCUCGAGCACACGUUUAUUGAGGACUUUGGAUUGCGUUUUGACGAUGUAUUUGAGUGGGUGGAUCCGAAUCCCGUUGGCGCCGCGUCGCUUGCCCAGGUACACAAGGCCAAGCUCAAGCAAACUGGCGACAUUGUGGCUGUGAAAAUCCAGCAUCCGGACGUGCUGGAAAACUCGCGCGGCGACAUGGACACGAUUGACAUUUUGGCGCGCUUGGUGGCGUGGAUCUUCCCUGCCUUCAAGUUUGUCUGGCUCGCCGAGGAAACUCGUCGCAAUCUACCGCGCGAACUCAACUUUGAGCAAGAAGGCCACAAUGCUGAAGGCCUGACAGAACUCUUUCGCGAUUCCUGCACGUUUUUGCGCGUGCCAAAGAUUUACUGGUUUUUGACCAGUCCCCGCGUUCUUGUCAUGGAGUUUUGCAGCGGAGGCAAGGUCGACGACCGAGAGUACAUUGCCAAGAACGGCAUCAGCGUGGAUGAAGUCUCGCGCCAGUUGAAGCGCAUCUUUUCCGACAUGACUUAUUUGCACGGCUGGGUCCAUUGUGAUCCACAUCCCGGAAAUGUACUUGUGCGACGACGAGACGGCAAGGAGGCUGUCAAGACGCGCACGGCUUUUGAGGCUCAACGAAUCGCACUGUCCAAGGAGAAGGAAGACAGCCAGUCAGAGACGCACACCGACAUCAAGCCACUCCCCAAGACAUCCGACGUGGAGAUUGUGUUGUUGGACCACGGGUUGUACCAGCAGCUCUCCCCGAGCUUCCGCAUGGACUACUGCCACCUAUGGAAGGCCUUGAUUGAGAGCGACGAGCCCAAAAUCAAGCACUACUCGGAGCAGCUCGGGGUGGGCGAUCUCUACCAGUUGUUUGCAUGCAUCGUGACUGCACGCGCCUGGGAUAGCGUCAUAUCCGACCUCGCGCGUCCAGUCACGCUUGAGGAGCAGGACCACGUCCGCGCCAACGCGGCCUUUUACGCGAUUGACAUUGUUGGCAUCCUCAACCGCGUCCCGCGGCAGAUGCUGCUGCUGCUCAAGACAAACGACCUCCUUCGGUCUGUAGAUCGCUCCUUGCGCACGUCAGCAGUGGCGAGCUCCUUUUCAGAGGCGGCCAGAAGCUGCAUGCGCGCAAUUCGGGCGAACGAGCUCGAGGAGGCACGGCAGAAGCGGUAUCAUUGGUUCCCCGUCCUUCGCGUCCAGUUCCACGUGCUGCUGGACAAUGUCAAGUUUACGCUGUACGAGUGCUACCUGCGCAUGACGACCCUGCUGCAUCGAGUAGGCAAUUCGUGGGAUUUGCGAACGUGA